UGAAAACAGCUGUGUUUUUACAUUAAAAUUUCUCUUAGUUCCUGUAUUGGUGUGUGUCUGGGAGAAAGCUUAUCAUCAUUAUACCAGGCCUCUCGUGUUGACGAAAAAUGGUUGGGUGCGAGGUUUGCACUCCUCGGAUGGUGACUAUGACAUGUUUUUCGGAAUACCGUAUGGGAAAGUUAGAACAGAUAAUCCUUUCGGGGUAGCAGAUCCGUAUACAGUAUACGAUGGAAUUUUUGAAGCCACUGAUAAUGGUAAAAAUUGUCCUCAAUAUGACGAUUUAUCAAAUAGUUUAGGUGGUACAUUAGAUUGCCUCAACCUGAAUAUUUAUGUACCACGAGGGGGAGAAAAACUUCCAGUUAUGGUUUAUAUCUUUGGAGGCAGGUUCAUGUUCGGCUUUGCCGGGAAAUUCGUCAACAACACUCUCUAUGGACCGCAACAUCUAGUGCGGUACGGUGUGAUCUAUGUAGUCUUUAAUUAUAGACUUGGCCCAUAUGGCUUUUUGUGCCCUGGGACGAGAGAAGUGCCCGGAAAUACCGGGUUAAAGGAUCAGACACUUGCGAUUCGUUGGAUAAAAGAUAACAUAGAAUAUUUUGGCGGUGACGUAAAUAAGAUCACGCUUUUUGGACACAGUAGUGGAGCCAUAUCGGUGGACCACCAAGUUCACUCUCAGCCAUACGAACUAUUCCAACGAGUCAUAUUACAGAGCGGAACAUCAUUAUACCCAUAUAGUGUCUUACCUGUCAAUAAUACUCUACCCUCAAUUAUCGCUCGAAAGUUAGGAUAUGUAACCGAUGACGUAGAUGAAGCCCUCAAAUUUCUAGCAAAGAAGAAUCCCAUAGAUGUGGUUAAGGCAUCAGUCAGUAUUCAAUAUCAAUAUACUCCAUGUCUCGAGCCCAAGUUUGAAGGAGUGGAAAACAUAAUUACGGAUUAUUCGCUGAAUACAGUGCCUAAAGUUAAGAACAGACGAUUUUUAAUUGGACACACAAAAGAUGAAUAUAACUUCGUUUAUGCCAAAUAUCCUGAUACCUACUUCGAUGCAUACGACAUGUUUGAGGAGUUUUUGUCUAAAGCGUUUCAUUUAAAUGAAACGGAAAUGGAGAUUAGUGUAGCUGAAGUAAAGAGAUUCUACAAAGUUGAUAAAGUAAGCUCGCAACUCAGAGAAAAUAUUGUGAAUUUCACUUCGGACAUUGUUUUUAGUUACCCACUACUUAGACAAAUGGAGAGAUUUUUGAACUACGGUUCUGAUGAGAUCUACUACUAUGUUUUUACAUAUUAUGGAGGAAGAAACUUGCACCAAAUUAUUAAUAAUCUAAACACUGGAGGCGCCAUGCACGCAGACGAGGUCGGGUACAUCUACCAGUCCACUGUGCUCGGAGAUACCUCCUCAGACGACCAGCUUAUGAUUGACCGAAUUACUACACUAUGGACCAACUUCGCUAAGUAUGGUGAUCCCACGCCUUCUGCAACUGGCCUUCUUCCUGAGAAAUGGUAUCCAAUAUCGAGGGACAGUAGACGAUAUCUUCAAAUAGAUCGACAGACCAAAAUGGAGACUGAGCUAGUUUCAAGAAUUAGUUUUUGGAAACGUUUCUAUGAGAAAUAUUCAACGCGAAUUAGGUAUUAAUUGGGAAAAAUUACUCAAAUAUAACAAUAUCAUUUGUGACAAUUAAAUUCUGAAAGAAAGUUAGGUUUUGAAGAACUAAAAAGAUAAUUGAAUUAUAUGAAAUAACACAAUAUGUAAUAUGGUUUAAAGUAAACGUGUACUAGGCUCGUCCCCUACGUGGCAGAUAAUUGUAAAUUAUUCAAAUUGCAAGUCUGCGCUGCAUUCCUACGAGUGAGUCAAGAGCCGUGAAAUGAACGACAGCCCUCUACCGUGUGAUAAUCAUUUUAUUUAUCCUUGGGGAAGAUUACUGUACCCCAUACAAUCGAAAAUUUAGAUAUUUAAAUCUCAAAGUCAGCAAUCGGCAAACCUAAGGAUUUGCAUAAACAAAGAAGUUCCAGUAAAACAAAUUGGGAAUAGUUCUACUCUGGUUUCAGUUAAAGACGAACGUUUAGCCUUGUUAAUGAAGUAUUUUAAAUAAAUGUGCAGAAUAAUAAUAAAAAAAAAUCAAAUACAAUAAUAAGGAAUUAUUGAAAAGGUUUACACAGAUAGAUCGCAUACAGAGCAAAAGGUUGCAGCAUAAUUUAUGCUGUAAUUAAAUAACAUAGCUAUGUCAGCGAGGCCUCUAUGUGGUGAGGUGCCAGAGGCUCCCUCGCGCCUGUCAUAAAUAUCGAUAAACGUUUGGAAUGCGGCUUCGAUUCCCGGUAACGUGAUAAAAUAUUCAUUAGUCGCGUGACGUCCUGCCCUCAGUUCAAUUUCAUGUCUCAAUUUGACGGGCAGACGGACGGGAUGAACGUAUCUAUACGUAUACGUAUUUUCAAUGUGCAUUUACGUCUGAAAUGUGUCUGGACUGAAAUUGUUUUACAUUAUCUUCUUAUCUUGUAUUGAGACAUUAGUUUGUUCAAGGGAAAUUGAAACUUAACUUUAUUCGUUUAUAUAAAAUAUUAUUCUAGAUGCACUACUAAUUCAUUACACGAUAAAUAAAGAUAAACAUUAUUCUCGCUGAUAAA